CUACACCGCCACUGCAGCCGCCUAGUCCACAGCCGCCGUCACCCAAUCCUUCGCCGCCCAGCCCUACACCGCCACUGCAGCCGCCUAGCCCACAGCCGCCAUCACCCAAUCCUACGCCACCCAGCCCUACACCGCCACUGCAGCCGCCUAGUCCACAGCCGCCAUCACCCAAUCCUUCGCCACCCAGCCCUACACCGCCACUGCAGCCGCCUAGUCCACAGCCGCCAUCACCCAAUCCUUCGCCGCCCAGCCCUACACCGCCACUGCAGCCGCCUAGUCCACAGCCGCCAUCACCCAAUCCUUCGCCGCCCAGCCCUACACCGCCACUGCAGCCGCCUAGCCCACAGCCGCCAUCACCCAAUCCUUCGCCGCCCAGCCCUACACCGCCACUGCAGCCGCCUAGUCCACAGCCGCCAUCACCCAAUCCUUCGCCACCCAGCCCUACACCGCCACUGCAGCCGCCUAGUCCACAGCCGCCAUCACCCAAUCCUUCGCCACCCAGCCCUACACCGCCACUGCAGCCGCCUAGUCCACAGCCGCCAUCACCCAAUCCUUCGCCGCCCAGCCCUACACCGCCACUGCAGCCGCCUAGUCCACAGCCGCCAUCACCCAAUCCUUCGCCACCCAGCCCUACACCGCCACUGCAGCCGCCUAGUCCACAGCCGCCAUCACCCAAUCCUUCGCCGCCCAGCCCUACACCGCCACUGCAGCCGCCUAGCCCACAGCCGCCAUCACCCAAUCCUUCGCCACCCAGCCCUACGCCGCCACUGCAGCCGCCUAGCCCACAGCCGCCAUCACCCAAUCCUUCGCCGCCCAGCCCUACACCGCCAC